AUCGUACCAGUCGAUUGUUAUUAUUAUUAGCAAAAUCAGUUUAAACACAUCUAUUUGAAAAACAAAAAUUGGAGUUAAAAGAACAUUUAAUGACAGUGUCGUAUACAAACCGUCUUGCAAACGCAAGUCUUUUCGGAAGUUUUUGGAAUAUUUUGUUCAGAUGGCGUGGCAGUGUGUACAAACUAGUUUGGAUUGAACUUGUUGCAUUUUUAUUGUUGUACUAUGCCGUGAAUUUAACAUGCAGAUUUACAUUGACCACUAAACACACAAAAGAGAGGUUUUACGAAUGGCAAAAAUAUCUAAGUAGCACAAGUGAAAGCAUACCAAUUUCCUUUGUUUUGGGAUUCUAUGUUUCAUUAGUGGUGGAUCGUUGGUGGAAACAAUUCCAAUUACUACCAUUUCCCGACACCAUGGCGCUUUACAUUAGUGCGGCAAUAUCAGCGUCACGGGCUGAUCAAAAGGAACAGGCAAGACUGACGAGAAGGACAAUAAUGCGAUACAUUGUCUUGGCCUAUGUUGUCACACUGAUGAGAAUAUCGUUGCGAGCAAAGAGACGAUUUCCAUCGUAUCAGCAUGUAGUUGAUGCCGGUUUGAUGCUGGAAAGUGAAAAAAAUAUUUUCGAAGACAUGGACAACAGGGAUCCAAUGGCUAAACACUGGAUGCCAUUGGUGUGGGCCAACAAUAUAAUAAGCACCGCCCGAAAACAGCAAUUAAUCAUUUCUAAUCACUUGGUACAAAACAUUAUGUGCGAAUUGGCUGACAUUCGGCAACGUUUAAAUGCAUUAAUCGGUUAUGAUACUAUAUCCGUGCCGCUCGUCUACACUCAGGUUGUUACAUUAGCCGUGUAUUCGUACUUCAUAACGACACUGGUUGGCCGCCAGAUGCUACCGGAUCCUCCGGAGAAUAUAGAAAACGCUCCACCGAAUUUUUAUUUUCCGUCAUUCGUAGUGCUAGAGUUCGUGUUCUACGUUGGAUGGUUAAAAGUGGCUGAAAUACUCCUUAAUCCGUUUGGAGAGGACGAGGACGAUAUCGAAGUGAACUGGUUGAUCGACAGACAUAUCAAGGUAUCGUACAUGAUUGUCGACGAAAUGCACGAGGAGUAUCCAGAAUUGGAACGUGAUCAACAUUAUGAUGAGGUUGUGCCAAAAAAACUUCCGUACACCGUUGGUGCCGGGCACUAUCGCCGUCACCAGCCGAAAGGAUCUGCCGAAUCUUUAAGAGUGAGAAAUAUCGAUGCAAGUUAUUUGUCAACGGAUCAAGGCGGUGACGAUCGUAAACGCAAAAAGGACGUGAAGCCGCAAACGAAAACUGAGGAUGUUUAGUUCAGCUAUGCAUCGACUCGUUAAUUUGCAGGGGAAAAGAGAAAAUGACUGGUGUCAGUGAUCUAUUCAAUUUAUUCCUUAAAGCUGCAUCAAAAUUGUAUCAGUUAAGUAAACGGAAAAUAGAAACGUAGAUUUGGUCGGUAACAUUA